CAUCUCAAUUGCGCACCUUGCGCAAUGUCCAUCGCUUUUUGUUGUCUAGUGCAGCCCUGGUCUAAAUUAUUCUUCAAGCUGUUGCCACUGACGAUUAGAGGCUAAACUAUUUUUUUUGUGGAUAAAAUGAGCACGCCUGCUAAAAACACUGGCACUGGCUUGGAGGAUGUUAACAUUCCGGGUCAGGCAUUUCUGCGCGAAGCGCUCACCUCAUGCACGGAUCCACUGAAAGCCAUCGAGAGCUUCCAGCUGGAGAAUGGCGUCCUGUUGCCAUCUCUGCGUCCGAUGCUGCCGCUGUUGGAUUUGCAUGGAGUGCGUCGUUUGGACUUUCACACAUCGCUGAUGGAGGAGCUGCGCGACAAGUUGAUUGCGCAUAUUAACGAACUGGGGCAGAAGGAUCCGCGCGAGCGCGAAAAGAAACUGAAGGAGCUGCUGGUCAAGAGUUUUCCUGUGGUGCGCGUCAAAUACUUGCGGCCCGUCGUGAUGGCCAUACUCCGGAAUACCCAGCACAUCGAUGACAAGUAUUUGCGCAUUUUGAUGCGCGACCGGGAACUCUAUGCGGACACGGACACCGAGGUGAAGCGCCAGAUUUGGCGCGAUAAUCAAUCGCUGUUUGGUGAUGAGGUCUCGCCGCUCCUCUCGCAAUAUAUACGCGAAAAGGAGCACAUCCUGUUUGAUCAUACCAAUCUGAAUAAUUUGUUUUUCCAGCCGACGCCCAAGGUGCGCCGGCAGGGCGAGGUUGUCCAGAAGCUGGCCAAUAUGAUUGGCAACAGCGUCAAGCUGUACGAUAUGGUGCUGCAGUUUCUGCGCACUCUGUUCCUACGCACACGCAACGUGCACUAUUGUACGCUGCGCGCGGAGCUGCUGAUGGCACUGCACGAUCUGGAGGUGCAGGAGAUCAUAUCGAUUGAUCCGUGCCACAAGUUUACCUGGUGCCUAGACGCUUGUAUACGCGAGAAGAAUGUGGAUAUUAAGCGCUCGCGUGAACUGCAGGGCUUUCUGGAUAACAUCAAGCGCGGCCAGGAGCAGGUGCUGGGCGAUCUGUCUAUGACACUGUGCGAUCCAUAUGCCAUUAAUUUUCUGGCCACCUCGGCCAUCAAGAUACUGCAGCAUCUGAUCAAUAACGAGGGCAUGCCGCGGGAUAAUCAAAUUUUGAUUCUAUUAUUGCGCAUGCUGGCGCUGGGCCUAAGCGCCUGGGUCAUGAUCGAUUCGCAGGACUUCAAGGAGCCCAAACUGGACAAUCAGGUGGUGACCAAGUUUCUGCCGGCUCUGAUGUCGCUCAUGGUGGACGAUCAGUGCCGUAGCCUGCACGCCAAACUGCCACCCGAUGAACGUGAAUCCGCAUUGACGACCAUUGAGCAUUCGGGACCGGCGCCCGAUGCCGUGGAGGCCUACAUACAGGAGAGCUCGGUGGCCAGCAUUCUGGCCAUGUACUAUACGCUGCACACGGCUCGCGUCAAGGAUCGCGUCGGUGUGCUGCGCGUCUUGGCCAUAUUGUCCGCCUGCAAGGAUGAUCGCGCCUAUGAGGAUCCCUUCCUGCACUCGCUAAUUGCCCUGCUCAUACCCAUGAGCGAAGAGUUCGCCACAGAGGACUUCUGCACCACGCUCUUCGAUGAGUUCAUCUUUGCGGGCCUGACGCGCGAGAAUGUCACCUCGCGCCACAUGCUCAAGCUGCUGUGGUAUGUCUACAACAAGCUGCCCGUUGGCCGCCUGGCGACACUGAUGAAGGCCAUGCAGCCGACCACGGCACACAACGAGCACAUACACAAGCUCUACGAGACGCUGCAGGAGCGCAUCGGCACAGCCGUUGCACCAGAGACGCCCAUUCUCGACCAGCCCACAAUUGACUUUGAUUCGCCACUCAAGAGCGUGCCCACGCCGGGACCACAUUAUAGCGCACAAUAAACUGAAUAGCUUAUAGAUUCUUAGAUUUUAAGCACCAAGCUAGUCUUGUCUAUCAUAUAAUACCUAUAUAUAUAUACAAUAUAUACCAUAAACAUAUGAAUAUGUAUGUACGUUAGCUACAUACAGAGUCUCAUAGGAAAACACGGCAUCAAUUUGUUUAGUUUAUAUAGAAACCUGAUCAGUUGCUAAUUAUAUAAUAUAUACAUACUGAACCCAUAUCGACAGCCGAAUCCCAUGCUGGGUUCUAUCUAUGUUAACAGAAUCAAAUUAUCUUUCUAGACUAAAUUCUCUAAUUAAAAUAUUGUUUACGUUCGGCAUUAGAGUUAUGUAAGAAUUAAAUAGUUUAUACUUAAAUUUCGCUGCUCAUGAUUAUAUAAAGAAGAUCUGACUACUUUA